UCCAAAUUGGGUUGGAGUUGCUUUGUCCAUAGUCACUUCUAUUAAUAGUUCUGAUUGUUCUUGGUUUUGUGUUAUUAGAGUAAAACUUGGUUGGGUUAGGCUCUUUCUUGACUUUGAGCUUUAUUUUGCUCUUGGUUUCUACUCGAGUUUCGAAGUUGAUUCUGUACUUGUGUCUCUUUUCUUUACACCUAUAAUAUUUGAUAUUGUUGAAUUGCUAGAAAUGAUAAUUUUAGUAUUGUUGUUGGGAUCUAGGCUCUUCCCUGUUUAUGAAAUUGACUAUUAUAUUAACUGUCAUUUUGUUGUAUCUUCUUUAUAA